UAUUUUGUCAAAAUUAGCAUAAUUUCGUUCGAGUCUUAUCGUCUGUGAGUUUAGUUCAAAACUAUUUGGAUGAUUUCAUAACGAAUUUAUGGAACAUUAGUGUCAGUCGCUGAAUAAUCCUCUAACGUUUCGGGAUCUUUCCAUAACGCACUGCAAAAUCCAAUCAAUAGGGUAAUUUACUUGUUAACUAUUUUGUUGUUCGUUUACAAUGGAUAGAUGAGAAUAACAAUUGAACAAUUCACGUGCUAACGGCCAGCUGUAUGACGUCAUAACGUAUAUCAGAUGGUUUAUUUUCUUUGGCAAAACAAUAAAGUAACAUAACCUCUAAAAAUGGGUGACGCCGACCAAGAUAGUGCUGAUCGAAGUGAUGGUGAUACCAAUAAAUCUGAUAAAUUAUUCACUCUGAAAAAAUGGAAUGCCGUUGCAAUGUGGAGCUGGGAUGUUGAAUGCGAUACCUGUGCCAUUUGCAGAGUUCAAGUUAUGGAUGCGUGUUUGCGGUGUCAAGCUGAAAGUAAAAAGGACUUUUAUGGACGGCAAGAUUGUGUGGUAGUUUGGGGCGAGUGUAAUCACUCAUUUCAUUACUGCUGUAUGUCCCUCUGGGUGAAACAGAACAAUCGCUGUCCUCUUUGCCAACAGGAAUGGUCUAUUCAACGUAUGGGAAAAUGAAAUAAAAUAAGUCAGCAGUACCUCCUUUCUAUCAAUAUAGUCAUUAUCAAAUUGUUUUUCAAUUAAUAAAUCUAUGUAUACGUCUGGACAUUUUUCUUUAUGACUCAACAACAUUUAUGAUUUCA